AUGGAGAGGGAACUGAACCUGAACCGUGCUGAGACGUUCUCCUUUGUCAACCCCUGGAUCAGAUAUUUUCUCUUCUUCUUCAGCUUCUUAUUCUGGGUUUUCUCCUUGUUGAUUGUUGCAAUUGGGGUGUAUGCUAAAGUCCAGAAAGCCACAGACACGGUGCGGGACACAUUCCUGAUCGACCCAGCUAUCAUCCUAAUUGUGGUGGGGGUGGUCAUGUUCUUCAUCACCUUCUGUGGCUGUAUCGGAGCCCUGAGAGAAAACAUUCAACUCCUCAAAACAUUCUCCUUCAGCCUGACAUUGGUCUUCCUCACCCAGCUGGCUAUAGCAAUUCUGGGCUUCUUUUACUCUGAUCAGACCCGGGACGCUUUAGGAAAGUUUGUGAAGAAGGCCAUUGUGCACUACAGGGAUGACCUGGAUCUGCAGAACCUGAUGGAUUACAUCCAGAAAGAGUUCAAGUGUUGCGGGUGGAACAACUACACAGACUGGUCUUGGAACCUCUACUUUAACUGUACGCAUGAAAACCCCAGCUCCGAACGCUGUGCCGUGCCUUACUCCUGCUGCACUCCUGUUCCUGGAGAGGCUGUGAUCAACACUAUGUGUGGCUUUGGGGUUCAAACCCAAAACUACUUGGAGGCAAACAAGCUAAUCUACCCAGUAGGCUGUGCAGAUAAAGCAGUGAUGUGGAUUGAGUCUCAUCUGUUGCUGGUGGGAGCUCUCACCCUGGGUCUGGCUUUGCCUCAGAUUGCAGGCAUUGUGCUUUCCCAGAUCCUUAUCUCUCAGAUCCAAGAUGAGAUUACCUCAGAGCUUUGAAAGCAGAAGGACAAGAUGGGAAGAAAAGACCUUACAGUACUUCGCUCAAAUCGUCCUACAAGUGCAAGGACUUCUCUCUUUUCUUGCUUUUUUGUUUACUGCUACUGUAUUAAUGUUAAAGCAUUUUUCUUAAUCUUCACAUGUUUUUCCCUUCAGGCAAACUACUGCAAUGCUCUGUUUUCAUCCAAGU